CCCGAGCUCUGUAGAUCAGGGAAUAGAGCAUGAAUAACGGUACUCCACAAUAUUUACUGAAAUGUUUCAUCGACUCACCAACGUCGGGCAUCCAUGGCGCAUAUAAUUAAACCAUUAAACAGCCAAUACUGGCCUUUUCGUGUGUAGAUUGAUUCGAGUAACGUUACUUCAACGCUACGAGCUAUUUAUUCAGUCUUAAAAUGGCCUGGAUCUGGAAGAAGAAGUCAGUGAUAGUGACCAGUCUGAUUGUGGUGGUGUCUCUGUUUUUGGUGGUGAUUAAUUACUCAGAGAAACCCUACUUCCUGCUGCAGCCUGUUUUCGGCCAGAGCUUCAGUAGAAACUGGAUGUUCUCUCGGCCACCGCAUAAAGCCUUCAAACCCCACCGCGGCUACCUCAGCGUCCCCAACCAGGAGCCAUUGAAGCUGCACUGUGAGGUUUGCAGUAUCGUGUCCAGCUCUGGCCAGAUGUUGGGGCGUGAGGCAGGGACUGAGAUCGACCAGUCCUCCUGCAUAUGGAGAAUGAACAACGCACCCAGCCGGGGCUUUGAGAGGGACGUGGGCCGCAGGACGGACCUGAGAGUGGUGUCUCACACUAGUGUUCCUCUGCUAAUCCAGAAGCCCCAGCACUUCUUCGGCCAGGGGAACGAGACCGUCUAUGUGGUCUGGGGACCCUUGCGCAACAUGAGGCAGGAUGGCAAGGGCAUUGUGUACAACAUGCUGCGGCAAGCGGUGGAAAACUACCCACAGGCUCGCAUCUACGUCACCACAGAAGAGCGCAUGAAUUACUGUGACACGGUUUUCAAAAAGGAGACAGGCAAAGACAGGAUUCAGUCGGGGUCGUACCUGAGCACCGGCUGGUUCACGCUCAUUCUGGCCAUGGACAUGUGCAAGGAGAUCCGAGUCUACGGCAUGAUCAAUGACACAUACUGCAAAUCAGAAGGCUACCGGAAGGUCCCCUACCACUACUAUGAAGCAGGAAGUCGUGACGAAUGUGCCGAAUACCUCUUGCACGAGAGCGCUCCUUACGGCGGGCACCGCUUCAUCACAGAGAAGGCUGUUUUUGCCAAGUGGGCAAAGACGCACCCCAUUAAGUUUUUCAGUCCGGAAUGGCAGCUGUCAUGACCAAGACUCCCAUUCCUUCAGAAUAUUCCUUAACACUACGGCCUUGUUGGCUCUUUCCCCCUCCAUCUUAAAGUAACACACAUGAAACUUGUCAUGCAGUGUCUAAACGAAACAUUCGAAUGCGAUUUCAAAUGGUAGCUGUCCAAGUGUCCCAUCGUGAC